AUGGAGCCGGCAGCGACAGACAACGAUAUUGAAACCGCGAAUGUGACGGAGCCAAACAGCAGCGCGGAGCAGCGGCGGCAGUGGAUUGACGGGCUGUGUGCGUCGAGCAGCAGCAGCUCUCGUCGGCGCGGCAGGGCGGUGCUGCGCUCGCUCUCCACGCGCUGGCGGCGGUUCAAAAAG